AUGAAGUUGGAGCGAUGGCUUUAGGGAAAUACUCUAGAGUUGAUGCUAGGAAAUCGUCAUCGGGCUAUUGUUCCACAGUCACGAUUGUGGUUUUUGUAGCCCUAUGUCUAGUUGGGGUAUGGAUGAUGAUGUCUUCCUCUGUAGCCCCUGGUGAGACUACUGAUGUUUCACAGGAGAAUAAAAGUGAGGAGAGAACACCUGCAACUGAUAUCAGUGCAAAGAACAACAACGAUGAGGCCAACAAUGAGGAGACCAACACUGAUAAUACUCCAACUGAUGAGGGAAAACAAAAGCAGUUUGAGGAUAACCCUGGGGAUUUGCCCGAGGAUGCAACCAAAGGGGAUGCAAAUGCAAAUCAGGCGGAGAAAAAUGAUGUUCCUGAGGAGACAGCAAAAACCGAAGAGGAAAAGCCGGAAGAGAAGUCAGGGGAUGAAAAGAAAGAUGACAGAGAUGACUCGGAAGAUGGUGAGAAAAAUAAAGUUGAAGUGAAUCAAGAUUCGGAAGCUGGAGAGAAUAAAGAAACUAAUUUAGAUAAUGAGCAGACGCCUGAAGGAGACUCAGGUAAAACAGAUGGAGAAAAAGAAGAUGGCCAGACAGAGGAGAAGGCGGACAAAGAGAACUCCACUGAGAAAAAGGACAAUUCCAGUGAAGUGUUUCCAUCUGGGGCCCAGUCAGAGCUGACAGAUGAAUCAACAACUCAAAAUGGAUCAUUUCCAACUCAGGCCACAGAGUCGAAAAAUGAGAAAGAGGCUCAAAAGUCAUCUGGUUCUGAAAAUCAAAGUCAAUACAGUUGGAAGCUUUGUAGCACAACUGCUGGGCCAGAUUACAUCCCGUGCCUUGAUAACUUGGUGGCAAUAAAGAAACUUCCAUCAACUAAGCACUAUGAACACAGAGAGAGACAUUGUCCUGAAAAUCCGCCUACCUGCCUUGUUCCCCUACCUGAAGGAUAUCAACGUUCAAUAGAGUGGCCUAGAAGUCGGGAAAAGAUUUGGUACCAUAAUGUUCCCCACAGCAAACUUGCAGAAGUUAAAGGACACCAAAAUUGGGUUAAAGUUAGUGGUGAAUACCUAACCUUCCCUGGUGGUGGUACCCAGUUUAAGCAUGGUGCUCUUCACUACAUUGACUUUAUACAACAGUCUGUGCCUGACAUUGCCUGGGGGAAGCGAUCCCGAGUAGUUCUGGAUGUUGGCUGCGGAGUUGCUAGCUUUGGGGGUUUCCUCUUUGAUAGGGAUGUCCUGACCAUGUCAUUGGCCCCAAAAGAUGAGCAUGAGGCUCAGACUCAGUUUGCACUUGAAAGAGGAAUUCCAGCAAUAUCUGCUGUCAUGGGUACCGUGAGGCUUCCAUAUCCUGGAAGAGUUUUUGAUAUCGUCCAUUGUGCACGUUGCCGGGUGCCUUGGCACAUUGAAGGUGGGAAACUUCUCUUGGAACUGAAUCGAUUACUACGACCUGGUGGUUUCUUCGUUUGGUCUGCCACACCCAUUUACCAAAAAUUGGAUGAAGAUGUUGAGAUUUGGGAAGCCAUGAAGAAACUGACUAAAGCUAUGUGCUGGGAAGUUGUUUCAAUAACCAAGGACAGAGUAAAUGGAGUAGGAAUUGCGGUAUAUCGCAAACCUAUGACAAAUGAGUGCUAUAAACAAAGGUCAAAGAGUGAUCCUCCAUUAUGUCAAGACUCUGAUGAUCCCAAUGCUGCCUGGAAUGUGCCUCUUCAAGCAUGCAUGCACAAAAUACCUGUUGCUUCUACAGAACGUGGCUCUCAAUGGCCAGAAGAAUGGCCCGCGAGGGUGCAGAAAGCGCCUUACUGGUUGUCAAGUUCGGAGGUUGGAGUUUAUGGUAAACCAGCUCCAGAAGAUUUUGUGUCAGAUUACGAACACUGGAAACGUGUUGUAAAGAACUCAUAUCUCCAAGGACUUGGAAUAGACUGGUCAAAUGUGAGGAAUGUCAUGGAUAUGCGAGCAGUCUAUGGAGGAUUGGCAGCUGCUUUGAGAGAGUUGAAUAUUUGGGUAAUGAAUGUGGUCAAUAUAGAUGCUCCGGAUACACUUCCUGUCAUUUACGAACGCGGCCUAUUUGGAAUUUAUCAUGACUGGUGUGAAUCGUUCAGUACCUACCCACGCUCUUAUGAUCUUCUCCAUGCUGACCACCUCUUCUCCAAGAUUAAAAAGAAGUGUAAUUUCAUGGCCUUAGUGGCGGAAGUAGAUCGUAUUUUGAGACCCGAAGGAAAGAUCAUCAUCCGGGACAGUGUGGAUAUCAUCAAUGAGCUUGAGGCCAUAUUCAAAUCUAUGCAGUGGGAUAUUCGCAUGACCUAUUCUAAGGACAAGGAAGGAUUGCUCUGCGCUAAGAAAUCUAUGUGGCGACCUACUGAGGAAGAGAAGUUAACAUACGCCCUUGCAGCAUAAGCCCAUGCUUGGUCUUGAUGCCAGUGCCACAGAGGUUAGGUAUUUUUCGUUAUUGUCGGCACUGCUACUUGUGUAUUUUUCUGCCUUGGCUUAAAUAGCAUAUUUUUAGUUGUGUAGUUGGGUGAUUUUUAGAAGUUUUGUCCAAGAUCUAUUGUAUUAUUGGUGGCCAUGAAGGGCAAUCAACACACACACACACACCCCCUCCCCCCUAUUUGUAAGGCCCAUUGCUUCAUUAGACUGCAAAUCAUACUAUUAUCAUUUAAUGCAAUUAUUCUUCUAUA